AUGUCUGCCGCUAAGAUCAAAGCCCAGGGCAUCAUCAACGCCAACGCCGUCGUCGUUUUCUCCAAGUCCUACUGCCCCUACUGCAAAUCUAGCAAGAGCCUCCUUAGCCAGCUGGACGCAAAGUACCUCACCAUCGAGCUCGAUGAAGAGAGCGAUGGCAGCGCCAUCCAGGACGCCCUCGUGGAAAUCAGCGGCCAGCGCACCGUCCCCAACAUUUUCAUCAAGCAGAAGCAUAUCGGUGGAAACUCGGAUCUGCAGGCUCGCAAAAGCGAGCUUCCUGCCUUGCUGAAGGACGCUGGUGCUCUUUAG